AUGGUAUUACUGAGAGAGUGUGAAGGCAUUAUUUGUGAGGAAUAUAGAAAGUAUCAAGUCAGAACCAGCAUACAUCACUGGCAGUUAAGAGAUAUGAUAUCAGGAACAAACAAUCCAAAUGAAGUAGUUUAUGUGUAUGCAAAUUCCAUUAAUGUCCUAAACACUAAAUCAGAAAAAAUACAUACCAUUUCAAGAAAUUUAGUAUUUAAUCCCACAGCCAUUUGCUAUAAUGAUGAGAUUGUUGGAGUUGGCGGGCAGAGAAGCCAGCUGUACAUAAAGAACAUUGCAACGGGAGCUGAUAAAAAAAUCACAACAGGCGGAUCAAUAAACAAUGGGCUAGAAAUAUUCUCGCAUUUUGGCGACAAAAGAAUAUUAGUCUGUAAUAAUGAUGAGACAGUAAAGGAGUACUCUAUCGAUAAUAUGAGAAGAUGCUCUAUAAUAGAACACGACUCUCCGGUAAAUAAUUGUUCUGUUAAUGCAAGUGGCCGAAUUCUAGCAACAGUUGGCGAUUCAAAUGAAGUGUCUAUAUACACAGUAGGAAGAGAAAAAUAUCCGCUUAUCAAAAAAAUGAAAGCAAUGAACGAUGCAUCUUUCAAGGUUUCAUGGAGUCCAUCUGGAGUAUAUUUAGCAGCAAGCACGCAGGAUGGAUAUGUCUGUGUGUACGACAUACGUAAUAUGAACGAGAAAAUACAAGCAAUCCGGUCUGUACAAGGAUCACUGGUAAAGGGCGCCUGCCGUAAUGUUAAAUUCUGCCCAGACAGUUCAAUGGACCUUCUGGUGUUUACAGAGCAUGUAUCACAUUUUACAGUAGUAGAUAUAAGAGACUUUAGCAAAAGGCAGAGUAUUGCGGUCACAGGAACAACAGGCGACAAACACAUUUCUGGCCUGUCCUUUGGAGAGGAUGGUAGAAAGCUAUACAUUGGAACAGAAAUGGUAAUAUAUGAGUUUGGAUUGAAUCUGUUUAAUAGAAGGCUAUUUCAAAGUGGAAGUCUAAACUAAAUACAGAUGAGCCCAGCAUACUCCAUCAAUCUAUUUCCGAAUAUUUUCUGUCUAAUAUUUGGUGCUAUUUUUGUAUGUACAGGCCUGGA